AUGCUAAUCUGUGUUGCGCAGUACACCAUCAACUGCAGCCAGCCCGUCAGCGACAAGAUCUUCGACUUGUCUGCGUUCGAGAAGUUCCUGCACGAACGCAUCAAGGUCGAAGGCCGCACCGGCAACCUGGGCGAUAACAUCGCCAUCUCGCAAGUCGGUGGUGGAAAGAUCGAGGUCGUCACACACAUUCCGUUCUCCGGCCGCUACUUGAAGUACUUGACAAAGAAGUUCCUCAAGAAGCAGCAGCUCCGUGACUGGCUCCGUGUCGUGUCGACCAGCAAGGGUGUCUAUGAACUGAGAUUCUUCAACGUGGUCAACGACGAGGGCGAUGAUGAUGAGGAAUAG